AUGGAGAAAUCGGCUGGAAUGGAGAUGGGACUAUUGCGAAUUGCAGCGAAGAAUGCUGCUAGCAAGGGUCCUCUCUCGAUCCUAACCGCUACGCUCCAUCGCAGCACUUUGAACGCAGCCGCUUACGCAACUGCACCCUGCUUAAUGCUUCUUUAUAAUAACGCUGCCUACUUUGCAACUUCUGGAGUACUUGGGGUGAAUUCUUCGAGAAGUAGUGAAAUUUCACGAACAGAAAUCGGUGACCUGCUCAGACCGCUUCAUCACGAUAGUGGUAGCAUUCAGUCGGAAGUUUGA